CCUCUCCCAGGCUGGGUGGGGGCUGGAGGCACUUCUCCUCAAGCGCACGGAACGCAGCGGGGUCAGGAGCCGCCGCCUUCUGCAGUUCCGGAUGGUGGUACUGGGGGAGUAGGCAGUGGCCCCAGGACUCAGUCCAGGCUGUUGCAAGGCUCACCCGAGGCUGGCCCCUGGUCUUCGCUCCCAGAGGAGCCUGUAGAGAUGAGCUUCAGUGAUACCACAGUCUUUCCUGGGGGAUAAUUCAUUCUGUGCUGAGUCCGCAGACCCUCUGCCCAGCGUCCUGGCACUGAGGAAACCCUUCAGAGGCAGAAGCUGUGGGCCCCUGGGCUUUUAAAUCCGUUCUGGAAAGUCUUCCUCCCCACCUUUAGCCCAGGGAACUAGACCCCCAGGCUAGCUUGAUUAAAGGGUCUCCGAUGUCAGCUCCUAUUCAGUGCCCAGCAUGCUCCCACGGGCCGUGUAAGGGCCCUCGAUUUGUCAUCGGUCCUCACUUCCCUCUUUCGCUUCGCCCUUCCACCCUGCCGCCUGCUCCCUGUCCCCUCCACAGCCCUUGCCAUGGCCCAGCACCCUGCCAUAUUUGUAGCCUUGCAAAAUGGCUUUUGUAGGCCUGUGUGCUUUAAAGCCCAUAAACGAUGUGCUCUACCUGAAAAAAGCCUUUGGAGAAAAUUUAGGAAGUGAGUUUCGUGGUGGCUCAGACGGUAAAGAAUCUGCCUGCAGUGCAGACCUGGGUUCAAUCUCGGGGUCACGAAGAUGCCCUGGAGAAGAGAAUGGCAACCCACUCCAGUAUUCUUGCCCGGACAAUCCCAUGGACAGGAGCCUGGCAGGCUACGGUCCAUGCAGUCUCAAAGAGUCAGAUACAGCUGAGCAACUAACUGGGUGCAAGCGUGUGAAGGGCACAGUAAUUAAGAGCCACUAACCUCAUGGAGACACAAUUUGAGGAGUAAGGGCCCAGGGAGACGGGCCUCACCUGCCUGCUCUAAGCAGUGAGUGAGCGUUGCUGCUCAGAACCCAUGGGGGAUCCACCCAUCAAAGACAGGCCUGCAGCUGUCUCUUCCUGGGCCAGUGUUUUUCCACAUUUAAAAAUUCAUGGCCUGUUUGAAAUGAUAGAAAAUUCCAUGCUUUUUUUGGACUUUGCGAUGCAGAGAUCGUAGGUUCUUUUUCACUUCCCAGAUAUAAAAUUAUGAUAUCGACCAUGCAUUUUCUUCGUACAAAGCCCUCUCUCCCCUAGUUGAGAAAUACUGUCCAAGACCCUGAAAACCCACAGGUUGCUCGAGGGCAGCGGACAAGUUCCUGGGGCCCCAGAGACUCUGGUCACCUGGCUCCAGAGAGGUGGGCAGAUAUGCAGGUGCUGCUCCGGGGAAUAACGACGGACUGCUUAGGCGCAUAAUUAGUUUCCAGUCUCCAAGGGUCCCUGCAGAAUGGAUAAUCAAUAAGAGUCUAGCUCCAGGGCACCAGAUUUUAGCUGGGGAAAUAGGAACAGGCUGUUUAACCAACAACAGUCCUGCUACACACAGACAUGUACAUACACCCACACAGCCAGACAGCCUGUCUCACCUUCCCCUGCAGACCUGUGCACACAGACACGCUCCAGCCCGGACCCCUGCUGGCAGUCAUCUUAGAGAACCGUCCCUAGUGACUGCCACACCUGCUCCGCAAACCCGGACCUCCGCGCCCGUCAGCCCUCUCCUCCUUUCCUCGAGGAGCACACUGCCUCUUUAAACCCGACUGGAGGGCUGUGCUCGGUGGCCCACAAAAGGUCCUGAUUGUGGUCGUUCAGUGGCCUCCCCAGGGAAGGGAGGGGCGAGGAGACAGAUGGGAGGCUUGUCCCGCUGCGACCCGCAAGCGCCACCCUCGGAUGGCUGGUAGUGAGGGACCGUCCUGCCCGUCCUGUGGCUGAAUGCCUUGCCGUGCCCUGAGCCUCCCGGGGAGGCUCGGUGGGCUCCCCUGUUCUCGGGGCCCCUCUCGUAUUUCCAGGCUGGUGCAGCUCCGCGUCAGCUGUCCUGUCUUUUUCCGGGCCCUCUGCUUCCCCGUCACAGGCUGCUGUUCCUAUGCCUUCGCUCUUUGCACGGGCGUGUUUUGUCCUCCAGCUUGGCUGCCAGCUCUUCAGGUGGAGACAGGGUGUCUUUGCCCUCCCCGGGACUGGUGUCCGGGGCAGAGCUCUGCACACAGGGGCGCUCCCUGGAUGCGCAGCGGGUGAAUUGUUUGCUGCUGCUCCCACCAGCCCAGGGCACGCGGCCUCGUCCCCCAGUGUGGUCCUCCUUUGCGGAAUCCCUGUGUCCUCCACCCCAGGGGCCUUACUCGGGGCGCUGCUGUAGUCUCAGCCCCCCCGGAUACCUCCUUACAGCCUCAGUGGCUCCACAGUCAGCAACCCCCUGCCUCUGCAUGCCUGCUGGGCAGCCUGGCGGGAUGGUGGAGACUGGCAGGAUCCGGAGGAAGGAGCCCCCUCUCUGUGCUGAGAGAAGCAGGAGGCUCCGCCACUGGGCAGAGGCUCCUAGGAAGGAAACCCUGUCCCGGGGAAGCUGCUGAGGGUGAGCGGAGCCUGGCUGGGGGAACUCCCGGAGGGUGUGGGCCCAGCGUUGCUGUUUAGGAGAGCCCUGGGGCUUGUCAGAACAGCCCUACCUUCUCUGCUCCCAAACCCUGGAGACCCAGGAUUUUCACUCAAGGGGUCAGAGGCCAGUGUGCAUUCUGGGCUCUCUCGUGAUGAGUGGGAUGCACAGAGCCAGCUGCUUUUUCUGAGAGAUGGUGGCUCUCACCUGGGGAGUAUUCUCAGCUCUCAGAAUCGAGCUUGGGAGCGUCUUUUCCUCACGGACAUACCCAUGGGACAGCUGCCUCAGUUAAGACCAGAGCCACAUGGCAAGGUGUUUGCAGUUGCCGAGCUGGUCAGGAUCAGAAAUAGGAUUAGCACUGGGCCGCCCUGCCCUCUCCCCUCCGCCGCCGAGGUUCUCCGGGUCUGAGCUCUCCACCACGGCUCCUGGUGGUGGCCUGGGCCUUGCUGGGUGCUGUGGUCCCGGUGGUGACACCGAGUAGGAGGGGUGGCCCGAGUAGCUCCCCACGCCCCCUGCUCCUCAACAUUCCUGCCACGCCGUCUCUUGUCUCUGCCUCUGGUGUUCGAUUGACCUGUUCUGUGCUUCUCCUCCUUCUGGCCACGUGAGGACCCCUCCUCUGGACAGGAGCUCUCUUCAGGGUGCCCGCCUGCCAUGCCUGCUUGCGGCCGCCAACUAGGUGACUGUCUGCUGGGUGGACGAGGCUGGAGCCAGUUCCACGCACUGCCUCUCCCCACAGGCUGAGCACGCCGGGGUCCGCACCUACUUCUUCAGCGCCGAGAGCCCCGAGGAGCAGGAGGCCUGGAUCCAGGCCAUGGGGGAGGCCGCCCGAGUACAGAUCCCCCCAGCCCAGAAGUCGGCGCCGCCCCAAGCUUCACGUCACAACCAUGAGAAGCCAGACUCUGAGAACAUCCCACCCGGCAAACACCACCAUCAGCUCCCCCACAACAGCGUUCCCAAGCCUGAACCAGAGGCCAAGACUCGCGGUGAGGGCGACGGCCGAGGCUGCGAGAAGGCGGAGCGGAGGCCCGAGAGGCCCGACGCCAAGAGCGAGCCGCUGGCGAAAGCCAACGGUGUCCACGCCGGACCAGAACCCGCCUCAGAGCCGGGCAGCCCUUUCCCCGAGGGCCUGAGGGUCCCGGGAGGCGGGGAGCGGCCCGCCCAGCCCAACGGCUGGCAGUAUAGCUCCCCCAGCCGGCCGGGGAGCACAGCCUUCCCGCCUCAGGACUCCGAGAGCGGGGGUCACCGGCGGAGCUUCCCGCCACGCACCAACCCCGACAAAAUCGCCCAGCGCAAGAGCUCCAUGAACCAGCUUCAGCAGUGGGUGAACCUGCGCCGAGGGAUCCCCCCUCCUGAAGACCUUCGGAGUCCUUCUAGGUUCUACCCUGUGUCCCGUAGGGUCCCUGAGUAUUACAGCCCCUACUCUCCCCAGUACCCUGAUGAUUACCAGUACUACCCCCCAGGGGUGCGGCCGGACAGCAUCUGCUCGAUGCCGGCCUACGACCGGAUCAGCCCGCCCUGGGGCCUGGAGGACAAGCGGCACUCCUUCCGGAACGGAGGCGGCCCUGCCUUCCAGCUGCGCGAGUGGAAGGAGCCUGCUGGCCUUGGGCGGCCUGACGGCACCGUCUGGACCCCCAGCCCCUCCCGGCAGCCCGUCUUCUACGAUGAACUGGAGGCCGCCUCCGGCUCCCUGCGCCGCCUGUCCCUGCAGCCCCGCUCCCACUCCGUGCCCCGCUCUCCCGGCCAGGGCUCCUACAGCCGCAGCCGCCUCUACUCCCCCGCCCGCUCGCCCAGGGCCCACUUUGAGCGGCUGCCGCCUCGCAGCGAGGACAUCUAUGCUGACCCUGCCGCCUACGUGAUGAGGCGAUCCAUCAGCUCCCCCAAGUAUGAUUACCUGGGAGACAGGCGGCCAGUCCCUGCAGGACUGUUCCCCUACAACUACCCACCGUCCCCCACGGUCCACGAUAAGACGGAUGAACUUUUAGACCUUCAGUUGCAAAGAAACCUAGAGUAUUUGGAUCAGCAGAUGAGUGAGAGCGAGGCUCUGAUCAGUGUGGUGAACCGCAUGGUGGAGAGCUCCUCCCCCAGCGCCCAGCUCUUCAUGCAAGUCCCUCCAUACCCAGAAGUGUUCCAGGACAGCCUCCACACCUACAAGCUGAACGAGCAAGACACAGACAAGCUGCUGGGCAAGUUGUGUGAGCAGAACAAGGCGGUGCGGGAGCAGGAGCGGCUGGUGCAGCAGCUGCGAGCUGAGAAGGAGAGUCUGGAAAGUGCAUUGAUGGGGACCCACCAGGAACUGGAGAUGUUUGGAAGCCAGCCCGCCUACCCAGAGAAACUGCUGCACAAGAAGGAGUCGCUGCAGAACCAGCUCAUCAACAUCCGGGUGGAGCUGUCUCAGGCGACCACGGCCCUGGCAAACAGCACCAUGGAGUAUGAGAGCCUGGAGGCAGAGGUCUCUGCCCUGCACGACGAGCUCUGGGAGCAGCUCAGCUUGGACCUCCAGAAUGAGGUGCUCAACCGGCAAAUCCAGAAGGAGAUCUGGAGGAUCCAGGAUGUAAUGGAGGGGCUGAGGAAGAAUAACCCGUCCCGGGGCACAGACACAGCCAAGCACAGAGGAGGACUUGGCCCCUCGGGCACUUACAGCUCCAACAGCCCUGCCAGCCCUCUGAGCUCCGCCAGCCUCACCAGCCCACUGAGCCCCUUCUCCCUGGUGUCUGGCUCUCAGGGGUCCCCCACCAAGCCUGGCUUCAGUGAGCCCAAGGCAAGCUACGAGCAAAGCAAGAGAGACCCCCAGCAGACGUCCCCCCUGGACACCUCUAGAGACAUCAGCCUUGUGUCCACCAGGCAAGAGGCUGAGGCAGAGAAGCAGGCAGCUCUCAACAAAGUGGGCAUCGUACCCCCACGGACCAAGUCACCCACCGAUGAAGAAGUGACUCCAUCGAGGGUGGUGAGGAGGAGUGCCAACGGGCUCACCAAUGGCCUCUCCUCCCGGCAGGAGCGCCCCAAGAGUGCUGUGUUUCCUGGCGAGGGCAAGGCCAAAAUGAGCGUGGAGGAGCAGAUGGACCGCAUGCGGCGGCGGCAGAGCGGCUCCACCAGGGACAAGCGGAGGAGUCUGCAGCUCCCAGCCAGCCCCGCCCCCGACCCCGGUGCCCGGCCUGCCUACAAAGUGGUGCGCCGCCACCGCAGCAUCCACGAGGUAGACAUCUCCAACCUGGAGGCGGCGCUGCGAGCCGAGGAGCCCGGCGGGCAGGCCUACGAGACUCCACGGGAGGAGAUCGCCCGGCUCCGCAAGAUGGAGCUGGAGCCCCAGCAUUAUGACGUGGAUAUCAACAAGGAGCUCUCCACCCCGGACAAAGUCCUCAUCCCUGAGCGAUACAUUGACCUGGAGCCCGACACGCCCCUGAGCCCGGAGGAGCUGAAGGAGAAGCAGAAGAAGGUGGAGAGGAUCAAGACGCUCAUUGCCAAGUCCAGCAUGCAGAGCGUGGUGCCCGUCGGCGAGGGGGACUUUGUGGACGUGCCCCAGGACUCGGAGAGCCAGCUGCAGGAGCAGGAGAAGAGGAUUGAGAUCUCCUGCGCCCUGGCGACCGAGGCCUCCCGCAGAGGACGCAUGCUGUCUGUGCAAUGUGCCACCCCAAGCCCUCCCACCUCCCCUGCCUCCCCGGCUCCACCAGCCAACCCCCUACCGUCUGAACCCCCGCGGGGCGCCGACAGCAGCCAUGUCAUGCGGGUCUGAGCUCUGACUGCAAGCCCUGGCUGAAGCCAACGCUGCGAAGCUCCAGAGAGCCACGUUCUGAAGCCCACCUCUGCCCUGCUGCCCACCCUGGCCCUCUGCCCCUGCGCUCCGGUGGGAAUGCCGCAGGGAGCCAGGCCAGGGGCUGGGGUCGCCGCCAACAGCAGCACAGACACUGUGGCGUCCACACCACCGGGGCUCCGGCCCGAGAUCCUCGCGACUAGACGGCCGCCCUAGGCCGGGGCCUCAGGUGGCAGGGUGAGGAGCGCCAUCCUGUCUGCUGCCCUCGGCACAGGGAGCCUCGCUCUGGCCCUGGCUGGGGUUGUGACAGCCCUGCUGGAACAUUCCUUAGUGGAGAAGACGCCCUGGUGGGGAAUGCACCCUGGGCCCUCUUAGGUUAGGACUCGUCUCUCGAUGCCAAGAGCGGGGCCUGCCGUCAUCCCCUUCCAUCAGCCCCGCCCUGCUGUCCAGCGGUGCCCAGGGUCUUGGCACAUCCUUGUUUACUGGGUGCUCCUUUGGGGUCCAGUGGAGAUUGACCACCUACCUGAGCCAAAGACAAGCUGACGAGAGAUGGGAGAGGCUCCUCGGCUCCCAGAGGGGAGCGCUGGCUGUGGGUGGGAAGCGGCAGGUGUGUGCAGCGUCUGAGGGCAGGUUGAGAAGGGGCGGCGGAGAGAUGGGGAGAGGUCUCGGGAGGGCAAGAGGAAAGGGAACGGCAGGGCUUGUGCGCGAGGAGGAGGGGGAGGACGGAGGUGAGAAGGGAAUCGGGUUGGUCUCCCCGGGGUGGAGCCUCAGGUUAGUGCCAGGCACAGCGCCAGGUGUCAGCUCAGCUCUCCCCACCUUGUGCCGGGAUCGGGGGCUGCAAGCUCCAGGACCCCCGCGGAGCCCGCUGCUGGAGGGUGGAGGUGUGUGCUGAGGGUCCGGGGAGCGCGGGCUGGGGACAGCUCCUCCUGGGUCUGGGCCUGACCUCGGCCUCCCCAUCCUGGGGUUAGGAGCAGAGAAAAGGACCUGUCUUGGUCCUGCUGGAAAACCAGAAAGUGUGGGGUGGUCAGGGUGUGGAGCGUGUGGUCAGCCACGGGGCCUUUCCCUAAACAUUUCUGUGACACUAUCUCAUCUCCUUCCCCCUGGAAUGUGCUGUGGGCCAGCUGAACGUGUGCCCCAGGAGAGCAGAUGUGGCCUGAACCUGGUAGGCCAGAUUCUGGAGCCCUACUCUCAAUCCCAGGCGUCCUACAUGGGGAUAAGUUGAAGCUGUUGAGCGUCUCCCUUCUCGUGUGGCUCGUUCACACCCUGCGUAGCCGGGGACCAGUGGCGGAGAGACAGGAGCCAAGCCUGUUGUCCCCCUGCUCCACCACCUUCUGAUGCAUGUAGCCGGAGAGGAUGGAGGAGCUAGAGUGAAACCCCUGGCCCCUAGACCUUCUCUUUGCCAGGGUUGCUUCCCCGAGACUUCAACCUGACCUCCAACGACCCUGGGAACGAGCAAUUCCUCUCCCCUCCUUCGUGGCUGGGACGGUUAUGGUUCAUAUGCAAGUAAAGCUAACAAUUCACUCAACAAAUAUUUACUGAGCACCUUUUAUGUACCAGGCACUGUUCUAGGUGCUUAGGACAUUCCCGUGUUUCUGAGGGUUUACAGACGGGAGGAUUCGCUCGCCCUCACAUCUAGCAGGCUUUUGUAAACGUGACCCCUGGCUGCACCUCCCAUCUUCAGCACAGCUCAAGCACCCCAAACUUGUCCUUUCUCCCCCAUAGACUGGCAGGUGGGAUCAGCUCCCAGGUAACCCUCUCUCCCUUCUCUGUCUUCUCCCACGCCUUGUCCAUCCAUAAAAUGCAGAUUUUUGGGGUCCUCCCAUGCCUUCCCCUUUCUUUGUGUCUUUUUUUUAAGCGAUAUUUUUAGAAAUACAUGUGAAAUACCAAGGAUUAAUGUCUGCCCCUCUGCGACCUCUCCUUCAGCUCUUUUUCAUAAAGCUGGCUCUUUAUGUUGCUUUACAUGCCUUAAUAUAUGUUUUGUGAAGAUUUAUCAUUUUACAGAUGUGUAUAUAAUAUAUAUAUUGGUUUGGACAUCUGAUCCUUUCCUGAAACUCCUGGCCAGGCCCGUUUUCUCUCCUUUCCUUUCCACAGCAUUCCAAGCAUACUGCGGCCAUACCCCAUGCCUUUUGAUCCAAAGAGGGGGAGAGGAGUUAUUUUAAGACAGAUACUAUUUUACGUUUUUGUUAUAAAAGCAAAUCUAUUUUCAAAAUGUGCAAUGUCUGAAUGGAAUUGGCAGACGAUGUGAGGGACGGUGGGGGGGGGGCUGCCUCUAGGUCCAGCCCCCCACCUUUCCAUCCUCCUCAGCAGCCUCCUCCUUCCCAUUCCCAGUCUGCCAAGGGCUGGUCCCCAGAGCUCAGCCGGAGAGGAUCUUGCCAGGGCAGGACAUUCUCUUGCAGUCCUGGUCUAAGGAUUUGAUUACACUGUCAACUUUUGAUGACUCUCUAGGGUUAUUGAAUGUGAACCUUCUUGAAGGAAAUGUUUACAGCUGUGUGCACAGAAGCAGACACUUGCAGGCAUACACGCCCCAGAUGUGCUCCUGGACCACCACCUUUAUCACCCUGCUGGAAUAUGCCAAACAGCACUGAGAAUGUCUGUCUAUCGUUUGAUGGACCCAGGAUAUGGUGCAACGGCCAGUGGAAACAGUUUGACAUCUCUGGUCCUUCGGGACAGACACAUUCAAGUUCCUUGGACUUCUCACAUUCCUCUUCACUUGGUCCCUCUCUGGUCUGGGUGACAUUUACGGCACCUGCCUCCCUCUGUGACCUUUCUUCUGGGGCCCGUUGUUAAGGGGAUGGUACCCCAGUCUGGCAUCCAGACUGUGAAGUCAGCCCUGAGGGUCCGAAGGACAAGGUGCAUCUCAGCCUUGCCCAGGACUUUCCUGCUGCUGGGGCCCUGAGCUAAGCCAGCUCAGCCUUCCUAACUGCUUAGUGACUACUGAAGUGGGCAAGGGGCUCUUGCUUUGCAAAGAUUUGGGCAGAAUGGAAGUCUUUUGUCCAGAUCUGGAAUCAAAGGUUUUGGAACCUAGCACAGAGCUCCUGGCCAGCCUUAGAAGCCUGGCCUCCCACUUUGACCUUUGCUGGCACCCUAUUCCCAGCCUAAAGCAUCUUGCUAGGAAUGAAGGGGGCCUGGCUGGGGGCCCAGAGCUAAGUAACCCACCUGGGGAAAGCCCUGGUUACUAACCUGGGGCCUUCCCAAUUAACACAUUACCUCCCUCAACAAUAACCAGGAGGCUGUAAUCAAGUACUAAUGUCACUUUAGAGAUUUUCUGAGGUUGAAGGCUGUGCGUACUUGCUCACCUGCAUCGGUGAGAGGGAUGCUCUUGGAGCAGGGCUGACUAUAGCAAGACAGAAGUAAUUCCCUUCCCUUUAGGCAGCCCCUCACCUGGCAGCUCUUAAAUCUAAGGAAAAUAUGAAAUAUACGUAUAUAUACAUAUAUCUAUUUAUGCACAUAUUGGGGCCAAUUUGAUUUGCUAGUAUUAGACAAUAAACUAUACAAGGAAAUUGAUGAUCUUGGUGUCUUUAUUUAGUAUAAAAGUGACCUUAGAAGAGUUCAGGUUAGAUAAACAGUGACUCUGUCAGGGCUCUGUAACAGCCCCUCCCCAGGGAGGGGCCAUCCCGACUGACAGGUGAGAGCUUGCUUCCUUCUCAGCAACAUUCUUUUUGUAGAUACAGGUCCUGAAGCACUGAGUGAACUCUGCAUUUGUAUCUUGCAAGUUUGUAUAAACCCAAUCCAGGAAAUAAACGGUUUGUACAA